GUGGAAAACUCGAAAAAAAUAACAAAAAAUUGCUACAAUAUGCGCAUCUAAUUAAUCAAAGUGCCACCACACUAAAAAAUCUACCUAGCAUAUACAUAGAAGCAAUCGCCAACAGCUGGUUAAAUGCCGCAUACUGCCUCCAAGCUUUGAACAAAUUUUCCAAAACAUUGAAGACAAAACUUUACUCCAUUUUAAAACAAACCAUUGCUUAAAUUAUUUAAACAUCGGAUUAUAUAUUAAUUAGGCAACAAAAUGUCUUCCGGUUUAAAGUGUCGCAAUUGUGGUUCAACCGAUAUCGAAGAGGACAAUGCACGUGGCGAUGCCGUCUGUACGAACUGCGGUUCCGUCCUAGAAGAUUCAUUGAUCGUUUCGGAAAUACAGUUCGAAGAAGUUGGACGUGGUGCAGCGGCAAUCGGGCAAUUUGUGUCCGCUGAGUCUACUGGAGGUGCCACGAAUUAUGGCUAUGGCAAAUUUCAAGUAGGUUCCGGUACGGAGUCGCGUGAAGUUACAAUCAAAAAAGCCAAAAAGGAAAUCACACAUUUGUGUCAGCAAUUGCAAUUAACGCAGCAUUACAUUGAUACAGCAUUGAAUUUCUUCAAAAUGGCAUUGGCACGUCACUUGACGCGUGGCCGCAAGAGUACCCAUAUUUAUGCCGCUUGUGUGUAUAUCACUUGCCGUACGGAGGGCACAUCACAUCUGCUCAUUGACAUCAGCGAUGUCCAACAAAUCUGCUCAUACGAAUUGGGUCGUACUUAUUUAAAGCUAUCAAAUGCCUUGUGCAUUAACAUUCCCUCUGUCGAUCCCUGCUUGUAUAUCAUGCGCUUCGCAAAUAAACUACAGUUUGGCGCUAAGACGCAUGAAGUCUCCAUGACUGCCCUACGCAUUGUCCAACGCAUGAAAAAGGACUCGCUCCACUCUGGUCGGCGACCGACCGGGUUAUGUGGUGCUGCUUUAUUGAUUGCGGCACGCAUGCAUGAAUUCAGUCGUACAAUCAUGGAUAUUGUUGGCAUUGUCAAAAUACAUGAAUCUACCGUACGCAAGCGGUUAAUUGAAUUCGCCGACACUCCCUCCAGCGCGCUCACUCUGGAUGAAUUUAUGUCCGUUGAUCUGGAAGCCGAGCAAGAUCCACCGGCUUUUAAGGCAGCGCGGAAAAAGGAUCGCGACCGUAUCAAAGAUGUGAAGCCGCAACAAGGUCCUCAANAUCUUGAGGCGAUCAAGGAAUGUCUAGCCGACACACCUGAAGUUAUAGUGCCACAAAAAAGCGAAAAAAUAGUCAUACAUGGACUAAAACCAGACAUCGAAUCUAUGUGCCGCCCAGCAGCGAGCGAAUUGCAAGAAGCGGAAAAGGUCAAAGAAAACGACGACAUUGAAGAUCUAGAUUUAGAAGGCUUGGACGAUGAAGAAAUCAACAAUUACAUUCUAACACAUGAAGAGGCCGAGUACAAAAACAAUAUGUGGAAUGCGUUGAAUGCCGAAUAUCUGAAGGAAAUGCGUGAGAAAGAGGAGCGUCUGGCCAAAGAACGCGAAGAAGGUAAACCGGAAAAGAAGAAACGUCGCCCACGUCGAAAGGCUAUCGGUCCCUCAAACACCGCUGGCGAAGCGAUUGAGAAGAUGCUGCAAGAGAAAAAGAUCUCAAGCAAAAUUAACUAUGAUAUUUUACGUACCCUGACUGAGGGCGGUGCAGCGGUUGGCAGCAGCACAACAACGGCUGAGGGUGACACAUCCGAGGCAAUGGAUAUGAAAAAUGUUCCAAUUAUUGUGGAAACAGGGCCGAUAAAGCCGAAGAAUGGUCGCGCCAAGCCAGCUUAUACAAUCGGUGGACCAGCACCUAAAGUGCCUAAGCUGGAAAUGGGCCUGCCAGUGGCAGAGGAAGCUGUUACGCCUACGAAGCAGGAGCCGGUUGUGGUGGAAAAUGACGAUUUGGACGAAUUUGUUGACGAUCCUGAUGCAGACGCUGAUGUUGAGGCUGAACCUGAACCAGAACCAGAGCGGGAAUAUUCAUCACUAAAGGAUAUGCUAAACGAUGGUGAAGAGGAUGACUACUAUGGCUACGAUGAGGAUAACUAUUAACUUAAUGGAAAAUUGGUUAGGAACUACAAAUAUAGGAUUUAUUUUAUUACAAUAUGCUGGAAAUUGUAAUUUAUUCUUUAGAAAGUUUAACUUAACUUAUGAGUAAUGCGUAACAAAAUACUCUGACCACACGCAGCAAAUGAAAAGAAAGUUUUCUAAUAGCGGUCAACCCUCGAUAGGUAAUACCAAACCUACAGAAUGGAGUUAGUUCUGCCAUGAAAAAGAGCUUCUCAUAGAAAUAAAAUCGCCGUUCGGAGUCGGUGAAAACUUAAGGUCCCUCUCCUCCGUGUGACAUCAAGGUGUACGCCAUAAAUCGGAGGAGAAGCUCGGCCGAACAAUAACACAUUUUGAAAGCUCCAAUUUACUACUAUACGCAGCUUACAAAAGUAAUUCGAUAAAUAAGGAAUGGACAAUGUAAGGAUUAAAAGAUCUCAAAUUUUCUUUAAACUUAUAAACAAAUAUAGUAAAAUUGAGGUUCUCCGAUAAAUAUUCAGCGGUAGGUGUUUUUCAAUUGCAUUUGUUCUGCAUUUUCUUUAGCUUAUAAAUAUACUUUUAUACAACAUAAAAUCAUUACAGCAGCUAGCCCUGCAGAGUUGUUAGAUAAUCUAAGGCGAGAGGGUGGUAACUAGGUGCAUGCCACAGGCUUCUCAUGUACGAUGUGCGCCUG